AUGAAUUAAUAAUCAAAGAAUAAAUCUCUCCCUCCCAAAAAAAUAAUUCCUAAACACAAUGAACCCAAAGAUAUUGAGCAUUGUAGAUAAGCUAUCAAACAAAUCAUUGGUAAUAGUGAUGCAUCUCAUAAUUAAAAUUAUCAUAAAUCUGCUGAUAAACAUCUUUAACAGUCAUAACCAAAGAAACACAUACAUUCUUCAGUACAAUAAUAUAAUGAAAAUGUUGGCAAGAUGUUUACAUCUACUAAGUAUGGAGUCGCUUAUAUGUAAAAAAAAGUAAUGCAUAAUAUUGAUUAAUUAUGA